GCGUCUCGAAAGAUAUGACCGUCUCGUUUGUGCGCACGAGGGGUCUCAAAGCAAUAAUGACAUACAGCAGCAGAGCAGCGACCGCGGGACAGAGGGACGAUCAAAUGUAAACGAUCGAUUCCAUCCUGCAGCGUUUCCAUAGCACUAGCCUACUACAGCCCUUUUUAUGUUUCUAUCACGAAUGAAUCGAUGACGAAGAAGAAUAAGAAGGCAAAGAAAGAUUGGUGGAGAUUCGCUUCUUUCAUCACUGGGUGCGGGUGAAAGAGGGGCAGUAGCCUACCUAUUAGUCAGAAACGUCAAACGAGAAUAGCCGCACCAUCAUCAGUCGCGUCUGUCUGUCGUGAGAUGACAAAGUGACGUGGCGGAUCAUGUCUCAGAAGAAGAUAUUUCUGGUCUUUGUGGCGAUCAGUACCGUCAGUCUACUGCUGCACCAUGGGGGCCAUUUCAGCUGGACGAUGGAAGCCUUUCAUCUCGGCUGUCCGUCACUGCGCACCCACCUGUCCUCCUCUCUCAAGCCCAAACACACCAACGUGGCCUUCCUCAAGACGCACAAGACGGCCAGCACCACCAUGCAGAAUCUGCUCUUCCGCUUUGCCGAGCGCAACAACCUGACCGUGGCGCUCCCUGUGCAGGCCUGCGGACACCAGUUCUGCUACCCGCGCACCUUCAACGCCCACCUCGUCCACCCACACACCCUGCCACCCAACGUGGUCACCAGCCACAUGCGCUUCAACCGUGCCGAGAUGCAGCACCUCAUGCCUAACGAUACCAUCUACGUGACCAUACUUCGAGAACCAGGGUCCAUGUUUGAAUCGUUGUUCAGUUACUAUAACCAGUACUGUCAGAGUUUUAAGAGAGUUCCCAACGGGUCGCUGGAGGCGUUUCUGAAUGAGCCGUGGCGGUACUACCGUCCGGACGAAAAGGACUCCAUGUACGCCCGUAACACGCUGACCUUUGACCUUGGUGGGGACAAGGACCGUCCGGCGGCAGACGUGGCUGUGUACGCCCGGGCCUUUGUGGCCGAGACGGAACGUGUCUUCUCCCUGGUGAUGAUCGCCGAGUACUUUGACGAGUCGCUGGUCCUCCUCCGUCACCUCUUAUCCUGGGAUCUGGACGACGUGCUCUACGUCAAGCUCAACAUGCGGAUGUCCGGCUCCAAGCACAGCCUCUCGCCGGGCCUCCCCGCCAAGAUCCGCGCCUGGAAUGCCUUGGACGCACGCCUCUACGAUCACUUCAACGCCUCCCUGUGGCGCCAGCUGACUGCCCUCGGCCCGGCGUGCGUGGCCAGGGAGGUGCGGCUGCUCCGCAGGGCCCAGGAGAGGCUGGUGAGAGGCUGCUUCGGCGGACGGCUCCCCCAGCUCCGCUCGGCCGCCCAGAUCAAGAACAAGGAGCUGCGGCCGUGGCAGCCCAGCGCAAAGGUGGACAUCGUGGGCUACGACCUGCCGACCAACACCAACGCCACACGGCCCGGAAGCCUGGCCCACGAGCUGUGUCUGAAGCUCAUCAUGCCAGAGGUCCAGUACACCAGGGUCCUGCUUCGAUCACAGUCACUACGCUACCGACGCAGCUACCCGCUCCGCUCCCCUCAGCCCCAGCCGCAGCAGCACAUACGGUCGGUCCUGCCACGCCACCAACAGGUGGGGAUACAGCAGAUGCACCGGGAGGCCCUUCCUCCAGGACCUGGUCCUGCCUCUGGCCUCACAGCCACCCCUAGACCUGCAGGGACCCAGAGCAGGGCCACCAGGGUGGGGCUAAGGUCCUCGGGCCCCCAGAGGCAGACGCCAUAACUUAAGACUGCAGCCCCAGCCUUGAAUAUAGACUGAAUACAGACAGACUAAAUACAGGCAGACAGACUGUCCUCCAGACUUCAGCCAUUUGUCCCCAGGGACUGUAUCAGGGGCUCUGGAGGAGAGACAGAGGGGGAAGGACACCCCCAGAUUGGGGCUGGAGAUUGGGGUAGGACCACAGCAAUAUGGGCAUAGGCAGAGCACUCCCAUGUAUUACCAACUCUGUAUGGGACAAUAAAGAACUGUUACUCUCGCUUUCUCUCUCUGUCUCGCUCUAAUGCCAUCCUCCACCUCCCAAGCCUUGAGAAGGUCAUGAUGCUGACAGUGAGAGAGGGUCACCGCUCCGGGUCUGUGUGCUCUGAGCAUCCAACCCUCUAAGCCUUCUCUAGAGAGGAAAACCAUCCAGUUCUGGGCCUCUCACCCAAUGACUCUCCCCACUCCCACUGUGGGAACUAGGCCCCAGGACAGAGGUUAAAUGUCAAAGGUUAGGGCAGGGGUCAGUCUAAGGACCGCUGGCUUAUCUCCCUGCCGGCCUAUCCCCCAACCAUGCCUAUACCCUAACCCCCCUCCCCACCACACACACGCUCUCAGCCCUACACCAACUCUCUCCCUCCAGCCCAGCCUGCUUUAGAACAACUCUCUAUGCUUCUCCAACCCAGCUCAUCUCUCUCCCCUCCACCAGCAACUGAACUAGACCAUGGCAGCUGCUGCUGACAAAUGUGAUCUUUUUAAAUAUGGGAAUUUGUGUGUGUGUGAAAGUGUUUUUCCUAUGCGUUUCGUUUAUCUGGGGUGUUAUCGCAAUAAAGUUAUCUUGGUCAAGUCUUAUGUAAAGGUAGGGAUCUUAUAACCACCCACACACACACUGGACUCAACCCGUCGUUAGUGAUGCAAGCCUGCUAAAAGACAUGAUGAGCGAGAGCUAUAGUGUUUGAAUAUUUAAUUAUGUAAUCUUAAUGAGGCUCUCUUUGGACAGACCCUCCACUUGGGUUACACAGCGAAACACACACACACACACACACACACACACAGAAGUGUGGACCAUGCCAAAGUAGCUUACUUAUCAGAAGCAAAGCAGAGGGAGGAAAUAACUACAGUACUGGGGGAAAGCAGUAGAAGAAGAGAGUCUGGGUCCUGUUCAUUUGGACACACUGCGGAAAACGUUUAAAAACAUUUUUGCAACAGAAUACGAAAAAUACGUGUUUCUUCUCCGACAACUCCAUGUAGUAUUCCCUUCCUGUUUCAGUCCUUGGUCUCCCAUUUGGUGCCUAAUGAACACAGCCCUGGUGAGGUGGUUGUCAUGGAGGUUGUUUUUCGCCUCUCGUUUCAUUAUGUGGUCAAUUUUUUAUGCAGUUGGUUGUUCAUGUUUAAUGUGUUAAGUAUGUUUUACUCUAAUUAUUAUUAUUUAUUAUUUUUAGUCAUUUAGCAGACAACCUAAAUGGUAUGGUAUGAACCGACCGGGGAGCCCUCGAAGGUGUGUGUGUGUGUGUGUGUGUGUGUGUGUGUUUCUGAGUAUAUAUUAUUUAUUCUCAUCACUGGAAAAACAGUCUGUUUUUGUUUACCUUCAAUGUAUAUUUACGAUUUUGGAACAGAACAUUGUAUUGUGGACCAAACCACUUAUGGCAAUACACACUGUACUGUACAUGGCAUGUUCUGAUGAAUAAAAUAUACAUUUUCUACAUAGGCCAACCACAAAAGCCACUCAGACAGCACCAAGUGUACUCACUUAAGCAUUCAUUUUAUUGUGUUUUAAGUGCUUCGUAAUGCUCUAGAUUGCAUCCCAAAUGGCACCAUAUUCCCUACAUAGUGCAUUAUUUGUAGUACACUAUGUAGGGAAUAGGGUGCCAUUUGGGACCCAAACCUAGUCUAGUGGAAAGAGGACAGUGUAGAAAGAUAACUUUCAGAAGGGCCCUUGACCCUGUGAAAUCCUCCAUGUUCGACUGCUGUUAAUUUUUUAAGUGCUCUUUGAUUGUACUCUAUUUUUCAUCCCAAAUGUCACCCUUUUGACCAGAGCCAUAUGGGCGCUGGUCAAAAGUAGUGCACUAAAUAGGGAAUAGGUUGCCAUUUGUGACACAGAGUACCAAAUCUAGGCUGGUUUUUCGGUUUUGAGAGAAAUAACCAGCACAGAAUGGUGGUUGUGUCAUCCACAAGUCAAUGAUAGCCAGCAAUUUUUAGGAAUGCUAGAAUUAAGCAAUAAGGCACGGGGGGGGGUGUGUGGUAUAUGAC